AUGGACUAUUCGUACGACGAGGACCUGGACGAGCUGUGCCCCGUGUGUGGGGACAAGGUGUCCGGCUACCACUACGGGCUGCUCACAUGCGAGAGCUGCAAGGGCUUCUUCAAGCGCACGGUGCAGAACAACAAGCACUACACGUGCACCGAGAGUCAGAGCUGCAAGAUCGACAAGACGCAGCGCAAGCGCUGCCCCUUCUGCCGCUUCCAGAAGUGCCUGACGGUGGGGAUGCGCCUGGAAGCCGUGCGCGCUGACCGCAUGCGAGGCGGCCGGAACAAGUUUGGGCCCAUGUACAAGCGAGACCGGGCCCUGAAGCAGCAGAAGAAGGCACAGAUUCGAGCCAAUGGCUUCAAGCUGGAGACAGGCCCCCCGGUGGGGGUGCCCCCGCCGCCCCCUCCCCCACCGGACUACAUGCUGCCCCAUGGCCUACAUGCCUCUGAGCCCAAGGGCCUGGCCUCCGGUCCACCAGCUGGGCCGCUGGGCGACUUUGGGGCCCCGGCGUUGCCUAUGGCUGUGCCCAGCGCCCACGGGCCACUGGCUGGCUACCUCUACCCUGCCUUCCCUGGCCGCGCCAUCAAGUCUGAGUACCCAGAGCCCUAUGCCAGCCCCCCACAGGCCGGGCCGCCCUACGGCUACCCAGAGCCCUUCUCGGGGGGGCCUGGCGUGCCCGAGCUUAUCCUCCAGCUGCUGCAGCUGGAGCCGGAUGAGGACCAAGUGCGGGCGCGCAUCGUGGGCUGCCUGCAGGAACCAGCCAAAGGCCGCCCCGACCAGCCUGCGCCCUUCAGCCUCCUGUGCAGGAUGGCCGACCAGACCUUCAUCUCCAUCGUGGACUGGGCACGCAGGUGCAUGGUCUUCAAGGAGCUGGAGGUGGCCGACCAGAUGACACUGCUGCAGAACUGCUGGAGUGAGCUGCUGGUGUUUGACCACAUCUACCGUCAGAUUCAGCAUGGCAAGGAGAGCAGCAUCCUGCUGGUCACCGGGCAGGAGGUGGAGCUGACCACGGUGGCCGCCCAGGCCGGCUCCCUGCUGCACAGCCUGGUGCUUCGGGCGCAGGAGUUGGUGCUGCAGCUGCACGCGCUGCAGCUGGAUCGCCAGGAGUUCGUCUGCCUCAAGUUCCUCAUUCUCUUCAGCCUCGAUGUGAAGUUCCUGAACAAUCACAGCCUGGUGAAGGAAGCUCAGGAGAAGGCCAACGCCGCCCUGCUCGACUACACCCUGUGCCACUACCCGCACUGCGGGGACAAGUUCCAGCAGCUGCUGCUGUGCCUGGUGGAGGUGCGGGCGCUGAGCAUGCAGGCCAAGGAGUACCUGUACCACAAACACCUGGGCAACGAGAUGCCCCGAAACAACCUGCUCAUCGAGAUGCUGCAGGCCAAGCAGACUUGA